UUUGACAUUGGUUUCUUGCGGUUUUCCGUUUGUCAUCUAAUAAAUAAAAUAUGUAACAGUCGUGCUGAUUAAAAUUUUUUAUCUAAUCAGUAGUAUCUUAUUAACUGUUAACUGUUGUAUUUUUUAGCCAAUCAAUUUUGAAUGAUCUCCCUCCGUUCGUACUCGGACACGCUUAAGUUACGCAUUCUUUAAGAUUUGUCGUCUGUUACUAUAUCUCAGUUCAUUCCAUAUGAGAGGGUUGGUUAUACCGAUAGUCUAGAAAUGAUUUGAGACGGGCACAAAACAUUUCAAGAUCUGCAAAUCAUAUAUACAUAUGUUUUUGCUUUGUUAAACGCACACAUAAAAAAUUUACUAUAAUGGAGAUGCUGUCAAGCUUAAAGCAGUCCACAGUUAUUCACCUGAUGUUUGCUAUCAUAUUUUUUACAUCGGGUUUGAUAAUUAAUUUCUUCCAAUGCCUUUUAUACUUUGGUCUUAGGCCCUUUUCCAGAUAUUUUUAUCGGAAGAUUAAUUAUUAUCUCUGCUAUUCUUUUUAUAGCCAGUUGGUAUUUGUAACAGAUUGGUGGUCUGGGACAGAUGUAGUAUUGUAUAUAGAUAAGAUAGAUUUUGAGAAAUACUAUGGGAAAGAGCAUGCAUAUUUAUUAAUGAAUCACACCUAUGAAAUAGACUGGCUUAUUGGGUGGUGUUUUUGCGAGCGACUUGGUGUUCUUGGUAAUUGCAAAGCAUAUGCCAAAAAGUCAAUACAGUAUAUUCCAACAUUAGGUUGGGCAUGGAAAUUUGCAGAAAGUAUAUUCUUAGAAAGAAGUUGGGAUAAAGAUAAACAAAUAAUUGGUUCUCAGAUUAGCGAACUUGCAGAUUAUCCUGACAGUAUAUGGUUAUUGCUAAAUGCUGAAGGAACACGUUUCACAGCAAAGAAACUAGAAGCCAGUCAGAAGUUUGCUCGCGAGAAGGGUCUUCCAGUGUUAAAAUAUCAUUUAACUCCAAGAACAAAAGGUUUCACUGCAAGUAUACCGCACAUGCGAGGUAAAAUCCCCGCGGUUUAUGAUGUACAAAUAAAUUUUAAACCUAACGACCUAGUGAAACCGACAAUUACAAACUUAUUGUUGGGGAAAGGAGUCACAGCACACUUAUACAUAAACAGAAUUCCGUUAGAGGAAAUUCCAGAGGAUGAUGAAGCUGCGGCAAAGUGGCUUUACAUGCUUUACCAAAAGAAGGAUCGUAUGGCCGAAAGUUUCAUAAAAACUGGCGAUUUCUUUGCCACGAGUGAUGUCCCCAGAACAGAUUGCUUUGAAAUAAAAAGGAGACCUUACACUGUCUUAAACACAAUUUUCUGGGCUGUGGUAGUUUUAGUACCAAUGCUCUAUUAUUUGGUUAAUCUAUUUUUAUCUGGAUCAACCGUUUACUUUUCUAUUGGUGUGGGUAUUAUAUUUUUGUUUUACCUCCUUAUGCACAAAACAAUAGGAAUGUCUGAAAUAAGCAAAAGUUCAUCUUAUGGUGCUGGUGAUAAAAAAUUGUAACAAGUAAAAGGAAGAAGAAAGUAAUAAAAA